GGGUGCUCGGGGCUCGGGGCUCGCUGUGGUCGGGGCACGCGCCCAGCUUCGGGGCAGCUUCCCGCUGCGGGGGGCGCGCCUGGGGCUCGCUCCUGCUCGCGGGCAGCGCCAGCGGGGCUCAGGGGGCAGCUGGCGUGGGGAUGCUGCCAGGCGGCGGGUGCCGCGGCGGGUCGAGCGCCUGCGGUGAGCGCAGGGCAGGGCAGCGGCCUUGGGCGCCCGGCUGCCUCCUCCUCGCCGCCGCCAUCCCCUCGCCCUGGCCGGAGAGGGAGGUACCGGGCGCAGCUGCGGGACGGAGCUGCGUUUGCUGGCCCUUCCUGCCUGUCCUGCGUCGCCUCGGUUCAAAACUGGCCUCCCCGUGCUGCUCGUUCUGCCCUUCCUCUGGGAGCCGCUCGCCGUCGCCAAGAGCGGGCGGUUUCGUGCCUGGCCACGCUCGGAGCCAGGUUUGGGUCUGGGCGUCUGCCUGUCUUACGUCCGCUCUGGCACCGGUGCCUGUGAAGAAUGACGUCGCGAGGUGCUGGGCCUCCUCUCUCAAGGAAGAACUACAGGCUGAGCACUGAGCCGGAGAAGUCCAAGGUCGCAGGGAUAGUGAACAGCAGGCUGCUGAAUGACUAUCUGCAUCGCGUCUUUACCAGUGCUGAUGGGAACCAGCCUGCAGCUGCGUACAGAAAGCACCUGACGUUCCAGAACCUACAGGAACACCUUGACCGGUUGCUAGCAGAGGAGAAUGGCUCUGAAGACAGUCGAGAUCAGGGAGCAGAGGGCCGGCUUGGUCCCUCUACUGUAGUGUUGGACCACACGAGCGGUUUUGAGGGGCUCCUGCUGGUUGAUGAUGACUUACUUGGGGUGAUUGGCCACAGUAACUUUGGCUCCAUCAGGGCCACGACGUGUGUGUAUAAAGGGAAAUGGAUUUACGAGGUGCUCAUCUCUUCCCAGGGACUCAUGCAGAUUGGCUGGUGUACUCUCAACUGCAGAUUUAAUCAGGAGGAAGGAGUUGGAGAUACACCAGAUUCAUAUGCAUAUGAUGGCAACAGGGUGCGCAAAUGGAACGUGACCACUACCAACUAUGGCAAGUCUUGGGCGGCAGGAGACAUCGUCAGCUGUCUGAUAGACCUUGAUGAGGGCACCAUUGCUUUCUGCUUGAAUGGCAUAUCUCUGGGAACUGCUUUUGAUAACAUCACAAGAGGUGCUGGAAUGGCAUACUUCCCUGCUAUCAGUCUCUCAUUCAAAGAGUCUGUUGCUUUUAACUUUGGGAGCCGUCCACUUCGGUAUCCAGUGGAAGGCUACCACCCCUUGCAAGACCCUCCUGUCUCAGACCUCGUGAAGGCUCGCAGGCUUUUAGGCUACCUGAAGAACGUGAUCCAUAUCGGGAUCGAUGUGACGGAGGGGAAGCUGGUGGAGAAGGACACAUCCAUGUGGCAAUUGCAGGGAGAACCCACAGUGUUGAUCACAUUAGCCCACAUCUUCAAUUAUUUCUCCCCUCUCAUGUGCAAGGUGUACCUGGUGGAAGAUGUGCUCAUGACCUUCCUGUUGAGCAUCCUGGAGCGAGGAGGGGCAGUGGAGGCCCAUCCCCUUAUUCAGCAGCUGCUGGAUCUCAUGUGGCUUCUCAUGGAGGAGUAUGAAGUGCAUGAGUGCCUCAAGCAGCUACUGAUGUCACUGCUGCGGGCUUACAGGUUUUCUCCCAUCAUCCCAGACCUGGGUUUGCAAAUUCACUACCUCCGUCUCACCAUUGCAGUCUUGAAGCAUGAGAAAUCCAGAAAAUAUCUACUCAGCAAUGUUCUCUUUGAUGUGCUCCGUUCGGUUGUGUUCUUCUACAUCAAGAGCCCGCUUCGCGUGGAGGAGGCUGGUUUGCAAGAGCUCAUUCCCACCACGUGGUGGCCAAACCGCUUCACCAAGGAGGGCAAGGAGAGUAAGGAGGUGAAGGAGGAGAGUGCUGAGGAAAGGCUGAGGCGGCGGGCAUAUGAAAGAGGCUGCCAGCGGCUCAAGAAACGCAUCGAAGUGGUGGAAGGUCUCCAGGUUCAGAUUCUGAAGUUGCUGCUGAACAACAAAGACAGAGGAGGGGGGGAAGCCUCCAGAUACAUCUUCCUAAACAAAUUCCGCAAGUUUCUUCAGGAGAAUGCUAGCAACAGAGGGAACUUGACUGUGCUGUGCCCGCCGGAGUACAUGGUGUGCUUCCUGCACCGGCUUAUUGCUGCCCUGCGUUUCUUCUGGGAUGGCCACAAGGCAAAGACCCCUGCUGCACUGAGCAGUGAUGAGGCGUAUGUCCCUCCCCAGCUUUUCUAUAAUGGGAAGGUGGAUUAUUUUGACCUUCAGCGACUUGGAGGUCUCCUGUCUCAUCUCAAGAAGACUCUGAAAGAUGACCUGGCUGCAAAAGCCAAUGUCUUGAUUGACCCUGCAGAACUGCAGUCAGUGACUAUGGAUGAUCUUGAUGAAGAUGAGGAAUCGGCAACAUCAGCAGCACAGUCUCAGCGUCCCUCUGCCGCCUUGGCCAUCGGUGGAGCUCUUGCCAGACCUGGCUGGCUCAGCUCGCCCACCCUGGGCCGCGCCAACCGUUUCCUCAGCACCGCGGCUGUCAGCCUGAUGAACCCGCGGCGGCCGCUGGGCACCCUUGAGAAGGUCAAAGUGCGCACGCUGAGUGUGGAGCAGCGUACAGAGGAGGACAUUGAAGGCAGCCAUGGAAAUGAGGGUCUCUUACUGGGGAGACCCCCAGAGGAGCCAGACCAGCCCAUCACAGAGAACUCCCUCCUGGAAAUCCUGGAUGGAAUAGUGAUGAUGUACAACCUCAGCGUCCACCAGCAGCUCGGGAAGAUGGUUGGUGUGUCAGAUGAUGUGAAUGAGUAUGCCAUGGCACUGAAAGACACAGAGGAAAAAAUCAGCUGCUGCCCAAAGAGGAGGAGAGACAUCCAUGAGGAGCUGCUGAAGAGCCAAAAGGUCUUCUCUGAGAAACUCAAUCACCUAAGUCGUCGCCUUGCUUGGAUAAAUGUCACCAUCUAUUCAAAGGAGAAGAUGCAGGAUAUCUAUUGGCUGCUGCGAGUGUGCAUCCGCACCAUCGAGCAUGGCGACAGGACAGGCUCGCUUUUUGCUUUCAUGCCAGAGUUCUACCUCAGCGUGGCUAUGAACAGCUACAGUGCACUCAAGAACUACUUCAGCCCUGUCAAUAGCAUGGAGGAGCUCCCAGGCUAUGAAGAGACUCUGAUGCGCCUCGCUGCCAUCCUGGCCAAGCACUUUGCUGACUCAAGGAUUGUGGGCACAGACAUCCGGGACUCCCUGAUGCAGGCGCUGGCCAGCUAUGUCUGCUACCCCCACUCGCUGCGUGCUGUAGAGAGGAUCCCGGAAGAGCAGCGGAUCUCCAUGAUGAAGAACCUCCUGGCUCCCUACGAGCAGCGGCCCUGGGCGCAGACCAACUGGAUUCUCGUCAGGCUGUGGCGGGGCUGUGGCUUCGGGUACAGAUACACACGGCUCCCACACUUGCUGAAAACCAAGCCUGAGGAUGCCAGCCUCCCCAGCCUGCAGAAGCCGUGCCCCUCCACCUUGCUGCAGAGGCACAUGGCAGACCUGCUCCGCAGCGACCGUGACUUGGCCCCCAGCUUCCUCAACAGCGUCCUCAACCAGCUGAACUGGGCCUUCUCUGAGUUCAUCGGCAUGAUUCAGGAGAUCCAGCAGGCAGCGGAGCGCUUGGAAAGAAACUUUGUGGACAGCCGCCAGCUGAAGGUGUGUGCCACGUGCUUCGACCUGUCGGUGAGCUUGCUCAGGGUGCUGGAAAUGACCGUCACGCUGGCCCCCGAGAUCUUUCUGGACUGGAAUCGCCCAUCAUCAGAGCUGCUGCUUCGGAGGCUUGCCCAGCUCUUGAACCAGGUUCUGAAUCGUGUGACAGCUGAAAGGAACUUGUUUGACAGAGUGGUCAACCUCCGUUUGCCAGGGUUGGAGAGUGUGGACCAUUACCCAAUUCUUGUGGCUGUGACGGGAAUACUGGUCCGACUGCUUGUGGACACCGAUGUUCAGGGGGCUGAGCGUGCAACAGCAGUGAUGCUGGCAGACCCCUGCUUCCAGCUGCGCUCCAUCCAGUACCUGCUGGGCCACACCGAGCCCUCAGCCCUGGCGGCUGCUGCCCCGGCCACCGAGAAGCGCCAUUUCUCCCUGAACACAUACACAGAGUACAUCAGUGCUGAGGAGCUGGCAAAGGUGGACAAGAUGCUGAGCCACCUGAGUGAGGAGUCCAAGCAGGCCGCUGCCACCACGCUGCCCACCAGCGAGGAGGACCUCUGCCCCAUCUGCUACGCACACCCCAUCUCAGCCAUCUUCAGGCCCUGCUCCCACAAGUCGUGCAAAGCCUGCAUCAACCAGCACCUGAUGAACAACAAGGACUGCUUCUUCUGCAAGGCCACCAUCACAGGUGUGGACGACUUCACCAAGCCUGCCAGCUCGUAGCACCCAGCCCCGCACCUCGGGCUCCCCCAGCUGAGCACUGCACACUGGCUUCUCCCCCGGGAGCCCCCCUCCCGGGGACAGGCCAGGACCCAGCGCACGGCCGGGUUCUGCAGGGAGAGGCUGGCUCGGGGCUGGGGGGGGCAGACGGCAGGCUCUGGGGCCAGCAUCCGCCCUUCUCCUGCCCUGCAGGUCAUUCUCAGGGAGGGGAGCCCGAGGCCUUGCCGCCACAGCAGCCCCGCAUGCAGUGAGCGGUGUCUGGGCCCUGGGCCCUGUGUGUUUGGGCUCUGUUACUUUGCCCCUGGCUGGGGGCUGACUUGAAAUGCAGCAUUAAAUUAUUCUUCCUUA